GCCAUUUAAUUCUUGCUUGACUUGAUUCCCAACCAUCUAAUUAUCGUCAAUCGCAUGGGAUAUCUCCCAUAAUAAAAAGGUAAUGCAUGCGUCAUGGUAAUUUUGCAUUCUCUUCGUCCUGUAGAUCCUUCCCCUCCUUCAAACUGUAAGGUGCAAAAUCUCUCGCAGCCCUCAGCCGUCUCAAGCAAGUUUCUUGAGGUGUUGACCAAGAUGCAUCCGAACGUGUUGAUCUCCUUCCUUUUCUUCACAUCCUCUUCUGCGUUGCCAUUCAUUGCGCAAAAGAGAGAGCCAACUAGUCCUUUAGAAGCUCGCGCUACUUAUUCAGUCGUUCCCAUCGAUGGAGGCGGUUCGGAUUCUACAGAGACGAUUACCGCAACUCCAACUCCAACUACGAAGACAGUUGUCGAGACCUCUCCGCCAGUCACCGACACUGUAACAAUCACUGCUGAUCCGGCCACACAAACCGUCUCUACUACAGUCUCCGUUGUUGAUAUCGAACCAACAACCGACGUUGUGACGACUACCGUGUCUUCAGACAAAACGUCAACAUCAAUCUCAGCUUACCCCAGCCUGCCCAGCACGGAGCCCACUACACCAUUCACAACGCCUACUUCAACUACACUCAUUUCGACUUCAUCUCCCACACCGUCAAGUGUGGCUACUACUUCGGCUCCAUCAUUGACGGAGACCUCGCCGCAACCUACAAUCCCCACUAGCUCUUUCACAACUUUUUGGGCAACGUCUGUUCCAGUGACAAGUUGGAGCUGGAGCUCAAGCACAUCGUACGACGAUGGCUCCUGGCAUACGACCUAUCCCUGGAACGGCACCGUGGCUCACCGAUUUGCUCGCCGACAUUAAAAUGACAUACCGAGCCUUUUUAUUCUUUGUAUUUCUUUAACUUCCUCUAACCGGGAACGAACUGUACGGAUAAUACAUGCCAUGUAUGGAAUAUUACGUGUAAAGAUCAUUACGGAAGGAUGAAAUAUGAGGAUUAAUGUAAUAUCAUGUUUGGGGACUUGGAACUUCGCCUAGUCAAGGGACGGAAUAAUGGACCUCACGCAACCCAAGCGCUGGAAUGCGUCGACUCGUAUUUAAUAGCCCGAGAUGCUAGAUACGAAAAUAAAUAUUGUUAAACAAUAC